GCACAUCGGAAUAACCUACGCACCGAUUGGCCGAUGCUUGUGAGGUACCCAACCUGCCUGGUGACGUCAGCGCACUCUCCUCGCAUUCUGACAGGAACAUCAGCCAUUCGGGACGCGACUAGAGCCGAGAGCUGCUCCGCCAUUGGUUGUGUGUCCGCCCUGCGCCCGCCCCAUUGCCCUUAGAAUGGCGGAGGCUACGUAUAAAUAAAUGAGGAACACUGCGGGGUAACAGUCGAUUUGGAUGAGAUUACAUUCCGUUGGCCAGUUGGGCACAGUCUUUGUAUUUCUGGAGACAAGUAAACCGCACUGGUUUUGCCGCUAUGCAGCUUGAGAUUAAGGUGGCACUGAAUUUUAUCAUUUCAUAUUUGUACAACAAACUGCCGCGGCGGCGCGUCAACAUAUUUGGCGAAGAACUGGAAAAGCUGCUGAAGAAUAAGUAUGAAGGGCACUGGUACCCCGACAGGCCCUACAAAGGGUCAGGGUUUCGCUGCAUUCAUGUAGGAGAAAAGGUGGAGCCCAUCAUCCAGCAGGCAGCCAACGAAAGCGGCCUGGAAAUCGAGGACAUCCGCCGGAACCUCCCCCAGGACCUCAGCGUCUGGAUUGACCCGUCAGAAGUGUCCUAUCAGAUCGGCGAGAAGGGGCAGAUCAAGGUUCUGUACGUCGACGAUAACUCCGAGAACGGCACGGAACUGGAUAAGGAGAUCAAGAACAGCUUUAACCCGGAGGCACAGGCGUUCAUGCCAAUCAAUGACCAAUCUUCUUCCGUGUCCAGCUCCCCGUCGCCCCUUUUUAACGAGACUGCCGCCGUCAGCCCGACGUUCAUGCCGAGACUCAAUCAGCCUCUCACCUUCACCACCGCUAUGUUCGCUGCCACCAAGUUCGGUUCCACCAAAAUGAAGAACAACCGCAACAAGAUCGCGCGCUCCUCCCCCACUCAGUUUGGCCUGAACGUCAACCUGUUGCAGCAGAGCGCGUUGUCUUCCUCCAUGCACCCUAUGUACGGCAUCGGCCUGCCGCAGAAGCCCUCCGCCCUCUCCCCCAACGCACAGGAGUUCAGCUUCCCCAGUAUACCGGAUCCAGGCAGACCCGCCAUAGGCUGCCCCAACGACGGAACUCUUCCCUACAGUAAUGCCUUCGAUAUGUUCGCAGCCUACGGCGGCCUGAAUGAUAAAUCGCUGGUGGAUGGUUUGAAUUACAGCCUAAACAACAUGCAGUACAGCAACCAGCAAUUCCAGCCGGUUAUGGCCAACUAGCCGCCCAAACACAAGUAUUGAACAAGCUGCAUGAGCCCAAGGUUACCAUUUUGUUUUUUUAUUCCUUAAUCUCUUCAGCUUGUUGCCCUUACACAUUCAAUACAUUCAAGGUUGGUUGCAUAAGCACAUAGACCAUUUUUUUGUUUUUGUUUUUUUUGCCAGCGAAGUGCAAAUCUUGUGUUCACUACAUUUAUAAGGAACGUUGCUCCUUACAGUAUUUAGAAGCUACAAAUACAUAUUAUAUAUUUUUUUAUAUAAUAGGCCUUGAGAUUUGUUUUUCUAAAUUGGGAUAUGUUGAUUAUUUAUAUUUACAAAUGCAUACAGGACUGGAGGCCCCUCCCCCUUCCCCCUUGCCCCGCCCCCAGCUCUGGAAAGAAGAGGGCUUUAAUGAAAAGCGAUUACGCCUAUUGUAAAUAGCGUAAGGCGGCGGGGAUUCAGUUUCCCAGCCCUGUAUGGGGAGAUUGACAUAAAGCAUUUCAGAAUUUCUAUGGAUCUGUGAUUCCAGCUACAAAACUCCCUUUUACUUUUUUUUAUUUCUGAUUGUAAUUUUUAUUUCUUUUCCUUUUGAGACACCAGUUCAGAAAGUUUAUUAGAGUUUUUUUCCUCGCUGUAAACCUUAAAAAAAAAAAAAAAAGAGAUGACCGAGGAUAUAUGUAUUUUCAGAGUUGUAUUUUCUGUUACAAAUUUAAAAACAAAAAAAAAAAAAUUUUUGCUAUAUAAAAGAUGGAGAUGUUGUAAUUUUUGUAUCUAAAUUGUGCAAUACUUGACAAUGUUAAAGUAUAUUAAAGUCAGUGUCUUACAUGUUAAGAGCUGAGAUAGUUUAUAUUUAGUUUGUAUUAAAAUUAUUUUAAAUGAAAAA